AUGCCUCUGAGCCCCGCCGGCAGCCAGCAUGAGAGCCCCGACUCGCCGCCGCCGGAGCCGCUGCCGGAGCGCCAGCCCCGCGCCGCCGCCGCCGGGGAGCCGAGCGCCGGCCUGCGGGAGGAGACGCGGCUCGACCCGGCCCGGGGCCCCGCCGGGCCCCGCUCCCCCAAGCUGGCGGCCCCGGCGCGCAUGGAGGAACCCGCGCCCGGCGCCAUCGUCGUCCGCAUCGGCAUCCCCGACCUGCAGCAGACGAAGUGUCUCCGGCUGAAUCCCGACGUUCCCGUGUGGGUGUCCAAGCAGCGCAUCCUGUGCACUCUGAACCACAGCCUGAAGGAUGUGCUCAACUACGGGCUCUUCCAGCCGGCCUUCAACGGCAGGGCCGGCAAGUUCCUGGACGAGGAGCGGCUGCUGCGGGAGUACCCCCUGAACCCCGACACGCCCGUGCCCUACCUGGAGUUCCGGUACAAACGCCGUGUGUACACCCAGGCCCUGCUGGAUGACAAGCAGUUUGCCAAGCUCCACACGAAGGCGAACCUGAAGAAGUUCAUGGAGUACGUGCAGAUGUUGAACGCGGAGAAGGUCUGCAGGCUCCUGGAGAAGGGACUGGACCCCAACUUCCAUGAUCCGGAUACUGGAGAGUGUCCCCUGACAGCGGCGGCGCAGCUGGAGCUCAGCUCGGAGAUGAUCAAGGCCCUGAGGAACGGGGGAGCCCACCUGGAUUUCCGGACGCGGGAGGGGAUGACGGCCCUGCACAAGGCCGUGCGCUGCCGCAACCACGCCGCGCUGCUGACACUGCUGGACCUGGGAGCAUCCCCGGACUACAAGGACAGCCGGGGGCUGACACCCCUGUACCACAGUGCCAUGGUGGGGGGGGACCCGUACUGCUGCGAGCUCCUGCUGCACGACUACGCCCGGCUCGGCUGCGUGGACGAGAACGGCUGGCAGGAGAUCCACCAGGCCUGUCGCUACGGCCACGUCCAGCACCUGGAGCACCUCCUGUUCUAUGGGGCCGACAUGACUGCCCAGAAUGCCUCAGGAAACACCGCCCUGCACAUCUGUGCCCUCUACAACCAGGAGAGCUGUGCCCGGGUGCUCCUCUUCCGUGGUGCCAGCAAGGAGAUUCGGAACUACAACAGCCAGACAGCAUUCCAGGUGGCCAUCAUCGCGGGGAACUUCGAGCUGGCUGAGAUCAUCAAAACCCACAAGGAGUCCGAUGUUG